CUUGUGUGUGAUACACAUACACACUUGCUGGGUCACAUGCCCACACACACAUUUGCUCAUUGACACACACACACACGUACACAUUACUCACAUGGACAUUCUGCAGGGGCACUUGGACAAACAGACCCAAAAAAGACAAAGACAUGAGCAGAGGGCUGGUGUGAGUGGUUGAAGUUGGUGGAGGGAGCAGGAAGGACUUGUUUUUGUUUGCUGUACGAUUAAAAGGUGCAGUAGCCCAAAUGGGAGCGGAGGAAGCGCAGAGUGAAACAGAAGAAGAGCAGGCGAGAGAGUAGUCACAUCCGAAGGCAACAGAGGGGGGUUAGGGGGGGCGCCGCAUUUAGACCUGAAGCUAAGAUCCACGUUGGGGAUCUGUUAAAUGCAGCUGUACUGAGACGUCCUUUUGUCCUUACGACAAAAACAAGACGAGGAAUUGAGGUGCUCGGGAAUUCCAAUCUCCUCACCUCAUCCAAAGAGGGAAUCCAACUCAUUCACAAGAAUACACUUAAGGAUGGAUUGCAUCACCUCAUCCAGUCUACCUCUGCCAGCUGACCACUGCUCCUAGAGCCGGCGUCCACCACUCACGCCGUGGGGCAUGACAACUCCCGGGAGAGCCGGACGGUCCGACAGAGAGAGGCAGACCAGAAAGCGGGUCGCUGUUUCCAGGGAUGAGAGUCCACCCGAGUUGAGGAGAAGCAAGCUGUCCAGAAGAGGCGGCCAACGACGGGUCAGCGAGAGGGAUCAUGAGUGUGCCGAGCAGCUGCGGGUUCUGUUUUUCCAUGGAGCGGACGGUCACGGUGCGCGGUGGGAACAAAUGGGGAUCGCCCUGUGCUGUCAACAGGCCCAUUGACAUCAUUCAGAAACGCAGGCGUUUUGAUGUGGAAAAUGGAUUGUCAGUGGGGCGUAGUCCCCUGGACGCUCAGACCAGCCCGAGCUCCGGUGGUCUGGUCCUGCAGGCCAACUUUCCUCACAGCCAGCGGCGGGAAUCUUUUCUCUACCGCUCCGACUCCGACUUUGACCUGUCACCCAAAGGUCCUUUGAAAAAUGCCUCCGCUGCAAGCGACUUGGAAGAAAGCUUGAAGCACUGGGAGGUCAACUGGUUGUCAUCUCGACACACAGAAGACAUGAUUGUCACACCGUUUGCACAGGUCCUCGCCAGCCUGAGGACAGUCCGGAGCAAUUUUGCUGUUAUAACUGGCCAGCAAGAUCGGCCAGCCAGCAAGACUCGAUCUUCUGGCAGCAACCCGCCAUCCAUGUGCAACACCAGUCUGGCAGAGGAGCCUCACCAGCAGCUCGCCAUCGAAACUCUGGAUGAGCUGGACUGGUGUCUGGAACAACUGGAGACCCUGAAAACCCGACACUCUGUCAGCGAAAUGGCCUCUAACAAGUUCAAGAGGAUGUUGAACCGAGAACUCACCCAGCUGUCGGAGACCAGCCGCUCAGGGAACCAAGUCUCUGAGUUCAUCUCAAGUACCUUCCUAGAGAAGCAACAUGACAUGGACAUCAUGACUCCGCCCACCAAGGAGGAGAAGAAGAAGCGACCCAUGUCCCAGAUCAGUGGCGUGAAGAAGCCCACUCAUAGCCCCAGUCUGGCACCUUCCACCAUCCCUCGCUUUGGGGUCAACGCCGCCCAGGAAGGACUUCUGGCCAAGGAAUUGGAGGAUAUCAAUAGAUGGGGAAUUGACAUUUUUAAGGUCUCCGAGCAUUCUGGGAAUCGUCCACUCACGGUCACCAUGUAUACCAUUUUCCAGGAACGCGACUUGCUCAAGUCUUUCAAGAUUCCAGUAGACACUUUCAUCACCUUCAUGAUGACUUUGGAGGAUCACUACCACGCAGACGUAGCGUAUCACAACAACAUCCACGCCGCAGAUGUCGUCCAAUCCACCCACGUGCUACUUUCCACACCUGCGCUCGAGGCUGUGUUCACCGAUCUGGAGAUCCUCGCCGCUCUCUUUGCCAGCGCCAUCCAUGAUGUGGACCAUCCUGGUGUUUCCAAUCAGUUUCUCAUCAAUACAAAUUCGGAGCUCGCCUUGAUGUACAACGACUCAUCGGUGUUAGAGAAUCACCACCUGGCUGUCGGCUUUAAGCUUCUGCAAGAGGACAACUGUGACAUCUUUCAAAACCUCAGCACGAAACAGAGACACUCACUACGCAAAUUAGUCAUUGACAUGGUGCUAGCCACUGAUAUGUCCAAACACAUGAACCUGCUGGCAGACCUAAAAACCAUGGUGGAGACCAAGAAAGUUACAAGUUUAGGUGUUCUCCUUCUGGACAAUUACUCAGACCGCAUACAGGUUCUUCAGAACAUGGUGCACUGUGCAGACCUGAGCAACCCCACCAAGCCACUCGAGUUAUAUCGGCAGUGGACUGAUCGGAUCAUGGUGGAGUUUUUCACCCAAGGGGACAGGGAGCGAGACAAGGGCAUGGAGAUCAGCCCCAUGUGUGACAAACACAACGCUUCCAUUGAGAAGACGCAGGUGGGCUUCAUCGAUUACAUCGUCCAUCCUCUUUGGGAAACGUGGGCCGACCUCGUUCACCCCGAUGCACAAGAGAUCCUAGACACCUUGGAGGAUAACAGAGAGUGGUACCAGAGCAUGAUCCCCCGAAGUCCUUCACCCAAUCCCGAAGGCCCAGAAGAAAGGGGCAUCACUGGAGAAGCUUCGGGGUUACGUGUGGGCAUGGCGUCCACCGACAAGUUCCAGUUCGAGCUGACCUUGGAGGAGGAGGAAGGAGAAUCUGAUACGGGGAGCCUGCCUGAUGAAGAGGAAGGUAAUAGAGGCAAUGAAACAUCCAGAACUGAUUCUGGCAGAGGAUUAGAUGCCAUAUCUGCUCACCUACCCCCUAAAACCAUCACUGCUGAUGCAACAAGGACGUUGUCUGCACAGUCCGAUAAAGACAUGGCAGCAGAAAGUGGGACAGACACAGGAUCAGACAUCCGACUCGAUACAUAGCGCCCAUCCCAACUUUUUUUUUUUUUUGGGGGGGGUAUUUUUCAUCUUGAUUUCAGUGCCUCAUCACGCCGCUUCCCCGAGUCCACACAAACUUCCCCUUGGUUUCCGCGGGCAUGGUGACGGCGAGCCUCGGGAUGAAGAGCACUUGGGUGCAGCUGUGAAGGAGGCCUGCAAGUUGAAGCAGGCACUUGCACAAAUGACUGAAGCGAAACUAAGUCCAGUCAUGGACAUGAAUCCGGGUUUCUGUUCCGACAGUCAGACACACUGUGGAUAUUCUGCAGAGACUAUGUGAUAAGAAAUAGUAGCCAGAUUAGGUUCCACCACUCGCAAAUUGUCUUCCUCUUUUUCAAGUUUUUUUUUUGUAAAGAUGGUGAGAAAGUGCUGAAUGGCAUGAAAACCAGAAAGAUGUGAUUAGUGAUUCAACUUAAACUUGGCUGAGGAUACUUGAAGACAUUUUGCCUCUCAUUUAAGCGUGUUUCUUUUGGUUGUGACAAACUACAGUCUACCUUGCGAGACAUUUUGCCAAACUAGCAAUUUAACUGUUGUUUGGCCUGCCUUUGAAAUAUUUGUUUUCUAAUGUUCGCUUUUAAUUGAGGUCACUGUCAAAUCCGUGCAAG